GAAGGCCGCCGCUGAGGGCCGUUAGCGAGCGCGGGCUGUGCGUGAGGCGCGGUGAGUGCUGAGGCGGCUUCGUGCUGUGAAGGCCCCGUUUGAGGCGGUUCUGGUCUUAGGAAGUGUGAGAGGUGUGCUGGGCCGUCAGCUCUCCUCGCGAGUUCUAGAAUCAGUGGAUUUUUUUUGUUUUAUAGAGAGAGAGUGGGUUUGGAACGUUAUGAGGUCUUAAGAGCACAGUGAUGGGGCAUCUGCUGGAAUAUGGCCGGAGAAAAUGAAUCAUAUUUAAAAAAAAGUAUAAUACUCACUAAAACUUGAGUGCAUAGGAGUUUACCUUUUGUUACUAUUUGCUGUAGCUACAUAUUGACCAGUGGCCGUGAUUCCCAGCAGCACCUUCUCUUUUCUCCUGCCAUGCACUAAAGAAAGGGGCAGGGAAUGGUCAAUAGACGUGGGAAUCCAAAACCACAGACUUACACUGUGCUUUCAUAGCCCAAAACAUGCUAACCUGAUACAUUUUUAAGCAUUCAUUUUGCUCUACCUCAGAGCAAGACAGCAAAGCUAAAGCAAUUUGGGAGCAGAUAACAUCAAUUACUUAAUCUCUCACAUAGAGGCAUGUUUUCCUUUAGGAAAAGAACUGUAGAAAUCAACCUGAAAUCUGCUUACCUACCUGGAAGUAAUUGAGAAUGACUCCUUUAUUUUAUGCUUCAGUUAAACGAGAUGAAUUAAUUCAGAGUUUGAGUAGAUCUGGUGAAGAAAAAACUCAUUGUCAUGGGUUUGGCUGAAGAGGAAAUAAAGGCAGAGCAGGAGGUGGUGGAGGGGAUGGAUAUCUCCACUCGAUCCAAAGGUUUGUUUGUAUCUGACGUAGAUCCUGGCUCUGCCGAACGCACAGCACAAAAAAGGAAGUUUCCCAGCCCUCCACAUUCCUCUAAUGGCCACUCACCCCAAGAUGCAUCUACAAGUCCCAUAAAAAAGAAAAAGAAACCUGGUCUAUUAAACAGUAAUAAUAAAGAACAGUCAGAACUAAGACAUGGUCCGUUUUACUAUAUGAAGCAGCCACUCACCACAGACCCUGUUGAUGUUGUACCACAGGAUGGACGGAAUGAUUUCUAUUGCUGGGUUUGUCAUCGGGAAGGCCAAGUCCUCUGCUGUGAACUCUGCCCUCGGGUUUAUCAUGCUAAGUGUCUGAAACUGACAGCGGAACCAGAGGGGGAUUGGUUUUGCCCAGAAUGUGAGAAAAUCACAGUUGCAGAAUGCAUAGAAACACAGAGUAAAGCUAUGACAAUGCUCACCACUGAACAGCUAUCAUAUUUGCUGAAGUUUGCACUACAGAAAAUGAAACAGCCAGGGACAGAGCCAUUUCAAAAGCCAGUUUCACUGGAUCAACACCCAGAUUAUGCAGAAUAUAUCUUUCAUCCAAUGGACCUUUGUACAUUAGAGAAGAAUGUUAAAAAGAAAAUGUACGGUUGCACUGAAGCAUUUUUGGCUGAUGCCAAAUGGAUUUUGCACAACUGCAUUAUUUACAAUGGGGGAAAUCACAAAUUGACACAAACAGCAAAAGUCAUCAUCAAAAUCUGUGAGCAUGAGAUGAAUGAAAUUGAAGUAUGUCCGGAAUGUUACUUAGCUGCUUGCCAAAAACGAGAGAAUUGGUUUUGUGAGCCUUGUAGCAAUCCUCACCCUUUGGUCUGGGCUAAACUCAAAGGCUUUCCGUUCUGGCCUGCUAAAGCACUGAGGGAUAAAGAUGGGCAAGUUGAUGCUCGUUUCUUUGGCCAACAUGACAGGGCCUGGGUUCCAAUAAAUAAUUGCUACCUCAUGUCUAAAGAAAUUCCUUUUUCUGUGAAAAAGACGAAAAGCAUCUUCAAUAGUGCAAUGCAAGAAAUGGAGGUUUAUGUUGAUAACAUUCGUAGGAAGUUCGGAGUAUUUAAUUACGCACCUUUCCGGACACCGUAUACUCCCAAUAAUCAAUACCAAAUGUUACUAGAUCCUACAAACCCAACUGCCGGAACUGCAAAGACAGACAAGCAAGAGAAAAUCAAACUGAACUUUGAUAUGACAGCAUCACCGAAGAUUCUAAUGAGCAAGCCUAUGCUGAACACAGGUCGUAGGAUUUCGCUGACAGAUAUGCCACGGUCACCGAUGAGUACGAACUCAUCAGUUCACACCGGAUCUGACGUUGAGCAGGAUGCAGAGAAAAAGGCAACUUCCAGCCAUUUUAGUGCAAGUGAAGAAUCCAUGGAUUUUAUUGAGAAAAAUACAGCUUCUCCUGCACCAACGAGAACAGGUCAAGCAGGGAGCUUGUCAGGCAGUCCCAAACCCUUCUCUCCUCAAGCGUCAACACCAAUUUCUGCUAAGCAAGAAAGAACUGCCACUCCGGGGAGCAUUCUGAAUCUGAAUCUUGAUCGAAGCAAAGCUGAGAUGGAUCUGAAAGAGCUGAGUGAGUCAGUCCAACAGCAGUCCACUCCUGUGCCACUCAUUUCACCAAAACGACAGAUACGUAGUAGGUUCCAGCUUAAUCUUGACAAGACAAUAGAGAGUUGUAAAGCACAACUUGGAAUAAAUGAAAUAUCUGAAGCUGUUUAUACUGCAGUAGAACACAGUGACUCUGAAGAUUCUGAAAAAUCUGACACCAGUGACAGUGAAUAUAGCGAUGAGGAUCAGAAAUCGAAGAAUGAUCAAGAAGAUGGAGAGGAUAAGGAAGGUACAAGAAGUGACAAAGAAUCGUUAAGCUUGAAAAAAAAACCUAAGCCUCCAGCACAGAAUGAAGAUAAGGAGGAACUUAAAAGCACAAGUCCAGAAGUGGAGAAAACGGACGACCCAGUCAAAGAAAAGGCAAUUACAGACACUGAAAAAGAAUUUUCUGAAAAGGGAAAAGGUUUGCAACAUCCUGCAAAAGAAAAACUGAAAGGUAAAGAUGAAACGGACUCUCCAACAGUGCAUCUAGGACUGGACUCUGAUUCUGAGAGUGAACUUGUCAUCGAUCUGGGAGAUGAUCAUUGUGGGCGUGAAGGACGGAAAAACAAGAAAGAAUCAAAAGAACCUCCUCCUAAACAAGAUGUUGUAGGUAAAACUCCACCUUCUUCCAGUGCAAGCACCCAGCCAUUACCAGAAACUCCAGUUCUCACCCGCUCUGCAUCCCAGACUCCACCAGCUGGUGUGACAGCAACUACUAGUACUACUUCUACUGUUAGUGCUCCAUCUGCAGCCACUGGAAGCCCUGUGAAAAAGCAGAGGCCUCUACUGCCUAAGGAAACUGCCCCUGCUGUGCAGCGAGUAGUGUGGAAUUCUUCAAAUAAAUUUCAGACAUCUUCUCAGAAAUGGCACAUGCAGAAGGUGCAGAGACAGCAGCAACAGCAGCAGAACCAGCAGUCUCAGUCACAGCAACCUCAGUCCUCUCAAGGGACAAGAUAUCAGACAAGACAAGCAGUUAAAGCUGUGCAGCAAAAAGAGAUCACCCAGAGCACUUCCACAUCAACUAUAACCUUGGUUACAAGUACUCAACCUAUUUCUAUGGUUACAAGUUCUGGAUCUGCAAAUACACUUUCUUCCUCAGUUAAUACAGACUUGCCAAUCGCAACAGCUUCAGCUGAUGUGGCUGCAGACAUUGCUAAAUACACUAGCAAAAUGAUGGAUGCCAUCAAAGGAACAAUGACUGAAAUAUAUAAUGAUCUUUCAAAAAAUACCACUGGAAGUACAAUAGCUGAGAUUCGACGUUUGAGGAUUGAGAUAGAAAAGCUUCAGUGGUUACAUCAGCAGGAACUCUCAGAAAUGAAGCAUAAUUUGGAACUGACAAUGGCUGAAAUGCGUCAGAGUCUCGAACAGGAACGCGAUCGUUUGAUUGCUGAAGUGAAGAAGCAGCUGGAAAUGGAAAAGCAGCAAGCAGUGGAUGAAACUAAAAAGAAGCAGUGGUGUGCCAACUGCAAGAAAGAGGCCAUUUUUUAUUGCUGUUGGAAUACUAGCUACUGUGACUAUCCCUGCCAACAAGCUCACUGGCCUGAGCAUAUGAAGUCUUGUACACAAUCAGCUACUGCAACACAGCAAGAAACUGAUACUGAAAUUAACACAGAAACAUUAAAUAAAUCAUCCCAGCCCAGUUCAAGUGUGCAGCCUACGCCCACGGAAACAGCCAGCACUCCCAAGGAAAAGGACAUUUCAACUGAUAAAAGCAAAGAAAGCGUUACAACCAUUCCUGUAGUGGUAAGUCCUUCUGCUGGGACAGUGGCAAUGAGAACUGGAGUUCAGUAUGUUCAGACCACAAUGCCAGUCCAAGUACGAAGAGUCUAACUGCUAACAAGAAGUCCAUACAAUUGUUGGAAUAUAUCUAAUAGAAAUGUGAAAAAUAAACACAGUUCUUUGGAUUAACCUCAAAGGUUCAGACUUAAGCUUUGUAUAAAUGUACAAAGCAUUAACUACACUACAUUAAUGUAAAGCAUUAGCGCUGGCUUAGAAAAGCUGAGGACAGGUAAGAUCCGUGUUAAAUCUCUGCCUCUUUUGUAAAUAAUGUACAAUUUGUGGAUGUCAUUAAAGUUAGAGUACCAUCUCCUUUUUAUAUUUGUAUUGACUUUAACUUAUAAAGAGUGUUUGAAGUUGGAAAAGAAAGGUUUAAAGCAGCCUUAUCACAAGCUAACACUGAAAACUGGUCUGGGAAAAUGGCAGUUACGCAUCAAAUAAUAUAACCUGAAGAAUCUGAACAACUCGAUUUGCAUUUGGAUGAGAACAAUUUCUGCACUUUGAAACUCUUGUAGAAUUUCAACCAAAUGAUGAAGGCUAUCUUUCUUUCUGUUCAUUGCAUUAGGCCAAUUACAACAUUUCCUAUCUGUGGACCUGAGAUACGUAAAGAUACGUUUGCAUUGUUUUUUACAGUGACCAGACUGUUAGAAUUGUUUACAAGGAACGAGUUGGAAUUUUAUUCAGAUUGAUAUCUGAACAGUUGCAAAGUGUAACACCAGCUGGUUGGUAGCAUGGUUUCUUCUCACUGAUACCACAGAUGAGAGGGGUUUUCUUCCUAUUCUUCACAGGUUUUUUUUUGUUCUGUUUUGUUUUAAUUUUAAUCCUCUACAAAGGACUUUGAAAAGCUUUUCACGUGGAACAAGAGCUAGGGUGUGGAGAAGGACAUGGAUCAGGAAACAUGGGCAAAGGACUUCUGAUGCUGGGCCAGAGCAUGUAUUAUUUAUAUGACGGAAUUUAUGUUUUUAUGUAAGCAUGAAACAGUACAGUAUGAGAGAAAGUAACCCAUGAAAAUGCUGUCUGUUACACUUAUGCUGUCGUACCAUUUUGUAUGUUGUGUAAAACGAAAGCAUUGAACAAAGCAAAGGUGAUGUAUGUAUAUGAGAAAAUUAAUGUAUGAUAUCAUUCCAGUACAUUCUGUUGUACAUUUUAGUCAUGUUGAUUUUUCCCAUUGUUUAUAAAAGAACGCGGUCUGUACAGUCUCCAGCUAGAACCCAUAUUAGAGGGAAAAAGUAUUAGAAGAAAAAGGCGAGAACAGAAUAUUCGUGAAUUGCAGUUGUGUCAAAAAUAGCCUAGCUGGCCUUAUUUGUGAAGCAUAAUUGCUUUUAGCAUAUGGAAGUAUUUUUUCACAUUUUCUUUGUAUAAAAUUUGUAUUAAACUCAAAUAUCUUUUUUGAAAAUUGUGUUUCUUUGUGACUAAGAGAGGUGACACAUGGUAUGCUUUGGGUUUCUCCAGUGUUUCAAGAAACUUCACAGCUUUUUAUUAAACAGUUUUAGAAAAGUG